AUGGUGUUUUUUAAAUUAUUCUUUUUGAAUAAAGUUUAAAUAUCAAAAUUUUAUUCUAGAAAUCUUUUUUAGAAAAAUAUUAUGAAAUUAUACUUUAAAAGAGUGUUUUUGAAAGUUACGUAUACAAUUAAUUUAAAUCAAUUUAAAUGAGACAGAUGGAGUAGGAGACACGUGGGCCCGGCUCAGAAAUCAAAAAGGCAGACGAAAUGAAACAACAUGCUAGAGCAGACAUAUCCAUGUCUUAUAGAAUGCGAAUGACAUGCCGGAAGACGAAGAGAUGAUCCACUACAAUGUCUUACACCAACUAAAUCCACUACAGUGUCUUACACCAACUAAAUGUUUGAAGAUGAGCUUUUCAUGAUUGGGUUUGGCUCGUGUAUGUCCAUGGGGACAUGCUCAGCGCUAAAUUUGAUGUAUUUAGCUUGUUUUGAUUGGUGGAGCUUUUCCACCCUGAGUCUGAGGAGCUUUUUAGAAAAGCUUCAUUCAUAUGUUUUUAACUCGUUUAUUCUCUUGGCAUGAAACACCAGCAGUCAUUAUAAAACACCAGUGGCUUUUAAAUUAAAUAAUUAUGUCAACUAUGUCGAUUUGCAAUUUCAAUGGUUCUUCUACAACCGGGGAAGGUAGCUGAUAUAUUUCCUAUUAUCAUACAGUUUUGCUCAUUAUAUUUGUUUAUUUGUUUUUUGAUGUCUUGUCAUGGCUGACCUGAAAGAGCGGUUUCCUCCUCGUAGACCUGCUUCGUCGAAAAACUCCAGGGAUGCAGCAUGUAGAACUUCUGCACGGGACCAGGGUCUUCGCUCAUGGAUCCGUGUUGAUGCAUCAGGGGAAUCCCAAGUGAUCGAGGUUGAUAAGUUAUCUAUGAUGCGUCGCUGUGAUCUCCCUGCACGUGAUCUACGCUUGCUUGAUCCAUCAUUUGUUUAUCCCUCGACAAUACUUGGGAGAGACAGGGCGAUAGUUGUCAACUUGGAGCAGAUUCGAUGUAUUAUUACAGCUGAUGAGGUUUUUCUUUUUAAUUCUUUGGAUAUUAAUGUAAAGCAGUAUGUGGCGGAGCUGCAAAGACGGUUGCCAACUGCUGGAGUAGGGGAAGUUUUGCAGACCGAAAGUGCUGAAUUAGACCAAAGGGAAGGUGGAAACCGAUCAAUUGAGAAUUUAUAUAGCAACAACUCGCCUCAUUAUUUGCCAUUUGAAUUUAAGGCGCUUGAAGUAGCUCUGGAAGCUGCUUGUACAUUUCUGGAUAGUAAGGCAUUAGAACUGGAGAUCUCAGUUAAUCCGCUGCUAGAUGCACUAACGUCAAAGAUCAGUACCUCAAACUUGGAGCGACUUCGUCAGAUCAAAAGAGGACUUGAAACAUUGACAAAGAGAGUUCAGAAGGUUAGAGACGAGAUAGAGGAGGUGAUGGAUGAUGCUGAUUAUAUGGCUAAAAUGUAUCUAACUAAAAGGAAAAGUAGAAUGGAGUCAACAUUCUAUAGUGAUCCUUCUACACCAGAAUAUAGAUUCAAUGAUGUCGCGUUCUCUGUUUCUGCUCCUGUCACUCCUGUUUCUUCACCCCCUGAUAGGCGUAAGCAUGAAAAAUCUUAUAGCUUAGCUAGGGGUAGGCAUGAGAGCAUGGGGAGUUCAGAGAGUGCUACCGAGAGUGUAGUAGCUCUAGAGAUGCUGUUAGAGGCUUAUUUUGUCGUCAUUGAUAGCACUCUUAACAAGCUGACAUCGCUGAGGGAGUAUAUUGAUGACACAGAAGACUUGCUUAAUUUUCAGCUGCUGCUCAUACAGUUUACGGUUUUGCUCGCUACAGCGUCAUUUGUUGUUGCUCUCUUUGGCGUGGUGUCGGAUUUUGAAACGUAUAUGUUCCAGUUCCGGAAUUCAAAAUUCAAGUGGAUCAUGAUAAGUACUUCCGUGACAGGUUUUGUCGUAUUCUUUAGUGUAUUGUGGUUUCUGAAAUACAUCAAAAAACCUUUCUGGAUGAUGUGAGCUGGGAGAAACAAUUUCGAUUUUUGUAUGCAGAAGGAUGAUUGGAAACAAGCAACUACCACAUAUCGAAAAGAAACCGUUCCCAUAUACCUCGUUGGUGUAUAAUUGUAUUACAGAUUAGCUCAUUCUCUAAAUUUCAAUUUCUAAUCAGAUAAUCACCCCAACAAGCCAACAAAUAUGUAAAUUCUGAAGCUCUAUUAGGAAUUUAAACAAUGUACGCUCUUCCACUACCCAUUCACUGUUAUUAUUUUGCUAUCAUUCAACUCAUUGCAAAAUAAGUGACCACUCGUUGCGGAUAGAA